AUUACAGUCACAAAGCUCUCAAGGAAUAAAAAUGCCGAUCAACGGUUCACUAUCUCGUCAUCACUGGGUGAUACACUGUGAUUGAGUUGACUUUUCAGUCGGCAGAACAAAUCGGAAGUCUGAAACCAAUGGUAAGUUCAGAUAUAAUCGGAAGUCUGAAACCAAUGAGAAUUAUGGACCUCCAGAUGAGCAUUGGAAGUAUAUGUACUCUGAUUGUUCUAGCACACCUUGUCAGCGCCAACGUUAAUGUGACCGACCUGAUGAAGACGUACAUCAGUGUGUGUGGUCCGGGAUACACGUGUUAUAACUGGUCAGCCACUGUCCGCACGCCAGGUGACCAAUGGAAAUCAAACAUAUGCCCGGAGUGUUCCUGCGAAGAAGACUGUUUUCAGAAACGAACCUGUUGUCCAGAUGAAUAUUUUCUCAGACCUUACUCUGUAUACAAGUCAAUAUUUAUCAAUUACCCAGCAUUCUUCACAAAACAGAGAAAAGUUCCUCAAAUGUAUGCAAUUGUCACUUCUUGUUCAGUAAAAAGUGAAUCAACGCAUAAGAAUGAAUGUGAAAACGAGGCUUCACCAGCUGUCAUCUUGAAAAGGCCACCAGUAACCUCUAAAGCGACCAAUAAUUCAUACGCUAAUCGUGCAUGUGCCUAUUGUCACAGAGAAAAGAAGGAAGAUCUUCACGACUGGCAGAUUAUAACUGAUAAUAAUUGUAUGUACGAAGGCACAAUUUUGUAUUUCUCCUCUUAUGAAGAAAUUCUGUCAUAUGCAAUAAAUGCAUCGUGUGUUUUAUUGUACUCGCCGUAUUACACAUUACCUGCAAUGGAAAAGAUAGCUCACAUUCCAGCACUUCAAGACCUCUGUAAUGUUUCAGGAACUUGGAAGGAAAUGGACUAUAACAUUCAGAAAGCAUGUGAAUCUUCUUACGACCUCAGAUACAGAUCAUAUAGCAACAUAUUUUGUGCGAUGUGUAAUCCAAUUUAUUUUGAACAAAAUGUGUCGAAAAUGUCAUCGUGUAACCUAACAGGAGAGUGGUUUGAGUAUGAUGAGGACUUAAGAAAUUCGUAA